AUGAGUCCCUUCCGGAUUGUCUAUGGUAAGGCGUGCCACCUUCCGGUGGAGGUUGAGCAUCGAGUCUAUUGGGCGGUAAAGCAGUGCAACAUGGAUUUAGCCAAGGCGGGUGAAGCUAGGAAGUUACAAUUAGAAGAGCUUGAAUGUUUGAGGAAUGAGUCAUAUGAGAAUGCCCGAAUUUACAAGGAAAAGACUAAGGCGUUUCAUGACCAUCACAUCCGGAAGAAGGACUUUCAAGAGGGUGAUGAAGUCCUCCUCUACAACUCCAGGCUCCGAUUGAUGCCUGGCAAGCUCCGUUCUAGAUGGGAAGGACUUUUUAAGGUAAAAGAGAUAAAGCCCUAUGGAGUGGUGGAAUGGACAUAG